UUUCUCAUUUUCGAAACCUCACUCCUCAACGCGUAUAUAAAACCCCCCCGAUCUCCUCUCCCAACAUCUUCAAACCAAUUCACACAGCUAGCGCCUCUCUAACACCUUCAAACUUUUUAUCUCAUAUCUGAAAAUCAAUGGACGAGAUCGACGUUCCUCCCUUCUUUCUCUGCCCCAUUUCUCUGGAGCUCAUGAAAGACCCCGUCACAGUCUCCACCGGAAUAACCUACGACCGCGAAAGCAUCGAAAAGUGGUUGUUUUCGGGGAAGAACAAUACCUGUCCGGUUACAAAACAAGCACUUCCCGCCGACUGUGAUCUCACGCCAAACCACACUCUCAGGCGAUUGAUCCAGUCGUGGUGCACCAUGAACGCCUCCCAUGGCGUCGAAAGGAUUCCGACCCCAAAGCCUCCGAUCAGCAAAACCCAGAUUGCCAAGCUCCUCAACGACGCUAAAUCCCCACACUUGAAUACCAAGUGUUUGCAAAAACUCCGCUCUAUCGCUUCGGAGAGCGCCGCCAACAAACGUUGCAUGGAAGCUGCGGGAGCCGUUGAGUUCUUAGCUUCCAUUGUGAGCUCAACAACAGUAGAAGAAGCUUCAAGCGCCGACGCCUUAAGCAUCCUCUACAGUCUCCAGCUUUCAGAAGCCGCUCUGAAGAAUCUCAUCGGGAAAAAUGGCGAAUUUAUCAAAUCAUUGCUACGAGUCAUGCAACGUGGCAGCUACGAGUCUCGUGCUUAUUCGAUUUUGUUGUUGAAAUCCAUGAUGGCAGUUGCUGAUCCGAUGCAGAUGAUCAGGUUGGAAACCGAAUUCUUCGUCGAAAUAGUGCAGGUUUUGCAUGAUCAGAUCUCCCAGCAGGCCUCAAGCGCCGCAUUGAAACUACUAAUCCAGCUUUCUCCGUGGGGGAGAAACAGAAUCAAAGCCGUCAAUGGAGGCGCAGUUUCUGUUUUGAUAGGACUUCUUCUUGAUUCUUCCGAGCGAAGGGCUUGCGAGAUGAUGUUGAUGGCGGUAGACAUUCUCUGUGGAUGUGCCGAGGGGCGGGCGGAGCUCUUGGAGCACGCUGCGGGGCUCGCCAUCGUGUCGAAGAAAAUUAUGAGGGUUUCGCAGGUGGCGACCGACAAGGCGGUGAGAAUUCUCCUGUUGGUUUCGAAGUUCUCGGCGACUCCAGCAGUUAUUCAAGAAAUGUUGCAGUUGGGUGUGGUGGCAAAGCUAUGUGUGAUGCUUCAAAUGGACUGUGAGAACAAGGCUAAAGAAAAAGCUAGAGAGAUACUUAAGCUGCACGCUAGGGCAUGGAGGAGUUCUUCAUGUAUACCAAAAAACUUGCUCUCUUCUUAUCCAUCUUGAGAGAGAGAGUGGGAGAGAAUUAAUUUCCCUUUUUAA